CAGUCUUACUGGAUUGCUACUAUCAUCACUACCUGUGGCAAACUUCUGCUGCUCCGGUAUGAUGGUUGCGGGGAAGAUCGUUCUGCGGACUUCUGGUGCGACAUUGUGACCUCUGACCUUCAUUCCAUUGGCUGGGCUGAGCAGAACAAAAUGAUCCUCAAACCACCAGACCUUGUAAGAGACAAGCUUCAGAACUGGGAAGAAUUUCUUGUUCAGACAUUGAAUGGUGCUUGCAGUGCUCCUGCUCACCUACUAGACGGACCACACCGAGGUAAAGACCCAUUAGACCUGUUUGAACCAAGUUCCUUGCUGGAGCUUCAGCAUUCCCAGGGAUCACUGGGUGCAUGGCCAGUCAGAGUGCUGGACAACAUAGGUGGGAGACUUCAACUUCAGUAUGAAGGGGCCCCUGACUGGCCGAGUUUGCAGUAUUACUACCUACAUCCUUCCCUGCAUCAAAUGGGAUGGGCUGCUCAGAAUGGCUAUGAGAUAAAGCCUCCUCAAGAAAUAUUGCACCUAAAAACUGAAGAAGAGUGGAGAGAAAUAUUGACCAAGUGCAAUGAAGAAACUGGAGAUUUUGUACUUGCAGACUUCUUCCAGGAGCAACCUCAGAUAAAGAAUCACUCAUUCACAUCUGGCAUGAAACUCGAGGCAAUAAAUCCUAAAGACCCUUCUUGUAUUGUUCCUGCAACAGUCACUAAGGUUUUUAAUGAGCAGUAUUUCCUUGUUGAGCUGGAUGAUCUUCGGUCUCAGGACUCUACUAGUCACCAGUCUAUGAUCUGCCAUAAGAGCUGCUCAGGAAUUAUUCCUGCCCGUUGGAGUCAGAAGAUGGCCUUAUCUGUCCGCUCACCUUUAGGAUACUCGGAACAGGCUUUUGACUGGGAUGAAUAUCUGACUCAUUGCAAUGCUCAUGCUGCUCCUGACAGUUGCUUCCCUGAGCCCCAGAGUGAUCAUGUCUUUCAAGAGAGGAUGAAGCUAGAGGCAGUCAAUCCCUUCAAUCCCCAGGAUGUCUGUGUAGCUACCAUAACCAAG